AUGUCCUGUGUACCAUUUGUUGCCCAUGGGGGCUUCAGUGCCCGCUCUGCUUGCUCUGCUAGGGGGCGGAGCUGGAGUAGAGAUGGCACCCGGGGAGUAAAAGCAGCUGGUGGCUUCAGCAGUAAAAGCCUUUGUUCCAUGGGAGAGGCUGGGGGCAUUUCUGGCAGGGGAGGGAGAAACUGGGGGUCACAGGGUAGAUUUGGGGUAAAGUUUGGGCAGGGUGGGGGAGGGACUGGCCUUUGUCCCCCAGGAGGCAUCCAGGAGGUCACCGUGGAUCAGAAUCUCCUGACCCCCCUCAAGAUUGAGAUUGACCCUCAGUUCCAAACCGUUCGGGCUCAGGAAACCCAGCAGAUUAGAGCCCUCAACGAUCAGUUUGCUUCCUUCAUCGACAAGGUUCGAUUUCUGGAACAGCAGAACAAAGUUCUGGAGACCAAGUGGCAGCUUUUGCAGAGUCAGGAGAGAACGAGUGGCCACUUCCAAAGCCUGGAGUCCAUCUUUGAGUUGUAUAUAGCUAGGCUAAAGAAGCAACUAGAAGAACUCCAGAGGGAACAUGGAACACUGACCUUGGAGCUGAAGACUUGUCAGGACCAGGAGGAGGAGUAUAAAACUAAGUAUGAAGAGGAGGUUCACAAACGUCCCAUAGCUGAGAAUGACUUUGUGGUUCUCAAAAAGGAUGUAGAUGGUGUCUACGUGAGCAAGCUGCAAUUAGAAAGCAAAGUAGACAGUCUUCAAGAGAAUAUCUGCUUUUUGAAACGUCUGUUCCAGGAAGAGCUCAAUCAGUUCCAGACUCAUGUCAACGACACCUCGGUGCUUGUUUCCAUGGACAAUAACCGAUGCCUGGACCUUAGCAGCAUCAUUUCAGAGGUCCGAGCCCAGUAUGAACUCUAUGCUCAGAAGAGCAAAGCGGAAGCUGAAGCUGUGUACCAGAGGAAGUAUCAGGAACUUCAAAUGUCUGCUGAGAAACAUGGAGAGAGCAUGAGGGACACCAAGAUUCAAAUCACUGAGCAGACCCAAGCAAUUCAGCGACUUCAAAGCCAGAUUGAGAAUAUCAAGAAACAGAAUGCUACAAUCCAGUCAGCCAUCACUGAUGCUGAACAACGUGGAGAGCAGGCCCUCAAGGAUGCCCAGAUCAAGCUGGUGGACUUAGAGGGUGCCCUCAAGAAAGCUAAGCAAGACAUGGCAAGCCUACUUCGAGACUACCAGGAGCUGAUAAGCAACAAGCUGGCCCUGGAUGUGGAAAUAGCCACCUACAGGAGGCUACUGGAGGUUGAGGAGUGCAGGAUAUCUGGGGAAUACACCAGCAAUGUCAGCAUCUGGAGGCGGAGAGAAGACCCAAUACUAACAGAUGCACCUUUCUUUGUAGCAGUGGUUGGUGGAGGUAUCACCAGCUCUACAGGAUGUGAUAACUCAGAGUUCAGCUGUUCCAGUGUUGUUGUUGGAGGUUCCCAUUCAGCCAAAGGCCCUGACUCUGGCUGUGGCUCCAUCUCUGCCUCUGGUUUGGGCUUUUCUGGAUCCAGUUCGGGUUCUGUCACUGGCACCAUCUUGAAAAAGACAACAAUGUCCAGUUUGAAGACUAUCACAUACUGA